AAUCCCGCAAAAUAAACGGUAAAGAUCUCGCGGUACACUCUGUAUCUUAAUUAUUAAAGAUUCACGUCGCUGGACACAACCACUAACCUAUAUUUUGUGGUUGUUUCGUGAAGUUUCUCUCUUCUUCUUCUUCAAGUCAUCAAAUCUGAUCUCAUCUCUGUUAAUUAAUGGCUAGUAAUUGCGAGCUUUGCUGCGAGAUCUUCAUCGCAAUUCUUCUUCCUCCUGUUGGAGUUUGUCUCAGGCAUGGCUGUUGCACUGUUGAGUUCUUCAUUUGUUUGAUACUCACUUGCUUAGGCUACUUACCUGGAAUAAUAUACGCGAUUUACGCGAUUUGUUUCUUGCACCACGAUGAGUACUUUGAUGAAUACAGACGCCCAAUCUACUAUGUUGCUUGACCUUGUGAUUUAUUCAUUGCUCUUGAGAAAAUAUUGUACUUUAAAGUGUGAUUACUGAGGUAAUAAUAUUUUUUCUUUUGAAGGAACAGAAAACUAAAAGUUAUAUUCUGGUUUAUUUUAGUAUACUUUGAUGAAUGCAUAAUGCCCAGUCUACUAUAUUGUUUGAUUUUAUCUUAGUGAUCUGGUUAUAAAACCA